AGUGGUUUAUCAAUCUUGGCGAACCCGGAAGUACAAGGGAGUGAAGCCUCUUGCAUGAAGCUCAUGACAACAGACAUGGCUGCCUCCUGCUCGCUGGUGUGCUGCGGAGAGGAGAGAGACUCCGACAAAGCUGUUAUUGUCCGCUUUUCAAACGGCAGCGUCAGAAAUGCUGACAAGCUGGAUUUCACCAUGUACAAGAACACAGAUGAGAGUAACCCCAGGAAGAAGAGCAGGAGGUUAAUGGCUGCUGAAUCAGACAGACUGUCCUAUGUUGGAAGUAAUUUUGGAGCGGGGUCCAUGAAAUGCAACAACCUUUGCAAAUAUUAUGUAGGAGUGCUGAACAAGCAGACCAUGCAAAUGGAGGUGCACAGUGCUCAGCUCUUCAACAUGCAGCCUGUUAUACCAGGAGAGACAACAGAGGAUGCAACACCCCAGGACGCUACGCAGACCUACAGAGACAAGGUUGACUCUUUGAUUGAGGCGUUUGGCACCAACAAACAGAAGAGAGCUCUGAGCUCCCGCAGGCUGAAUCGGGUGGGCACUGAUACCUUGCAUCUAGCAGUGGCCAAGGCUGCCAACACUGUGAUUGGCGAGAAGGGUCUGGAAGCUCUACAACAGGAAGUGGCUGAGACAGAGGCCCAAGGAGACCUGGCUCUCCACCUGCCUCCCUGCAACGCAGACGCUGACAGACCUGAGGACGUUUACCUAUUUGACGAGCUCCUGAGUCCAGUAGAGUUUGAGGCUUUGGAGCAGGCUGGCUCCAAGAUGGCAGCACUGACCUCUGAGGAGCUGCAGAAGAUGAGAGAUGACGGCGGGUGCUUAUGUGUUGUGAAGCACCUGGAGAACAUGCCGACUGUGGGUGAAGCCAGAGAUAAUAUUUCUCGCUGUGCCUUUUACCUUUCUAUGCUCCUCAAACUGGCACGGCAGAGGAACAUCAACCGCAAGUUUGGGCAGGAGGAAGGCUGUCCUCGCAUCAUUCAGAACAAACUGCUCAGAACAUUCACUGUGGACACAUUCAACAAUGGCAGGCUCCAGAACAUGGUGUCAGCAUCUAUGCGUGCCAAAUUAGCAGCUUACUCUCUGGCCCUGCUGCUGCAUAUGGGUCACAUGACCGGUGAUCUCACAUUACUGCAUCGUGACCUAGCAAUCACUGAGACCAGGAUGACUGAAGUAGCAAAGUCGAUGGGACUGACCCUGAUAAAACCGCCCCGGGGGAAGGUUGACGAGGCUGAGCUGCGAGAAACAAACAGGCAGGCCUGUCUCGUUCUACCUCUGGUCAAAUAUGAUCCGUUCAUGGAGAGGCGGAAACGCAAGAAAAUGCACUGAAGAUAAAGAUAAGAAUUAUACAUGGAGAGGGUAGGACUAUACGAAUUGGAAACGCCACAACUGCGAGAACUGUUUAUUAAUGCAUUUUGUAGACAAAUAAAGUGGUGAACUUUGUA